AAACUGGGGUUGGCUGCAUGCAAUAUUCCAAUUUUUAAAAAAUCUCUAUAGUUGAAAUCACCUCAAAAAUGGGAUAAAAACAAAUUUAAUGACUGAUAUUAUGUAUUUUAAAUGUGCAGGUUGGACAGCGUUUGGAAUUGGCAUGAAAAAAUAAACGAUUACAUUCAUGGAUAACCAACAAGAUAAGGCUGUUGUUGCCUCAGCCAAUGGAGAAAACAUUCUGAUGAAUGGUGCCAAGGAAAAUGACUCCAAGGACCAGGAUGUGACAAUUAAAUCAUUUGCAGUUCUAGAAACUGCUGCACCCAUCCAAUCUAUACCAGUGGUACCAAAAGAAAACCUAAUGUACCCCAGAGGUCUCCUACCUCUGCCUUCAAAGAAGCCCUGUAUGCAGAGUCCUCCUUCUUUAGGCCUGAUAGAGUCACCUGAGCUUGCUGCUAACAGUACUUCUGUGAAUGCUAUCUCCCUCACAUCUGGAAUUACAAAGGGUCUGAACACAUGGUCACUUCCCAAUGAGUGUGAAAAAGCUCCAUUUACCAUAAUGGAGCCUGCAGGCAUCUCAGCCCUUAAUGGAGACUGCCUCAUGCAGCCAAGUCGGACUUGCUUAGGCUGCUUCAUGGAAUCGAAGGAUACUGUGGAACCUGAGCCAGGGAUCAGUCUAAAAGUUGGCGAUCUAAAUCGAGAUUAUGAAACCUGUGCAGUCUCUGAUAUAGGGAUUCAAUGCAUUAAUGCUGGAGAAAACAUAAAAUAUGGAGAACAGCUACUCUCAGACCAGCUCCUAAGUUUCCCCCUACAUAAAUCAAGGGCAGGAGAUAGACAAGAUGUGGAGAAACCUGACAUUGACUUGGAAGAUCCAGCUCAGAAAAGUUACUAUGAGGCAUUACUAUUAGAUAAGUGCAAUACAGAAGAGUCUUUACUGGCAAAUUCCAAUCAGGACUGGGGAUACUUUGAGACUUUCAUUAGUGAGAGUAAGAUUGAACUGCUUGAUCUGUGUUCCAAGAAUGAGUUGUCUGUCAAUCUGUUCUCUGAAGAAGAUGUGGAUAACUACAUGUUUGAUGAUGAUGAAUCAACAUUGGGCAGUGAUGUCUGCUCCCUGAAAAUUCGAUAUGAAUCCUUCCAGGACAAUGUUCGAGACAAGACAACUCUUCUGAUGCAGGAGGAUGCCCAAUUCAACUUCUUUCCCAGUGUCUUUACAACUUGCCCCAAGAGGGAGCCUAAGAGUGGGGCCCUAAAGCAGACCAGUGAUCUCUCCCAAUUCAAGAUUCCUGAUAUGAGUAUAAUCUGGGGAGAGGAAGAUAAAACCAUGGAGAAGAAGAAAGGAAAAGAGGAAGCAGAGGAAGACAAAUGCACAGAGAAAAAGAAUGAAAAGGAUAAUGGAGAAAAAUCUGUCUUAAAUAAACCAUGCAAUGGGACUGAAGUCGAGCAAUUUAAGAAUACAAAGCAAGACCAGCUUACUAAUUCUUUGGAGGCAUCAGGGAAUUUUAGUGAGGAAAGUUCAUUCAUUGAAAUAUCAUAUGAUGCAAUGGGGGAGAUCAAGGACUGUAGCCGCUAUAUGGCCCGGGACACCAAUUCUGGCAGCACCUCCACCCAGCAAAAUUAUGGGCUGAGAGCUAAGAGAAAAGUCAGGUAUAGUGAAGAUUAUCUAUAUGAUGUUGACUCACUAGAAGGUGAAAAAGUCAAUGAGAGGAAGGAAUGGCUCCCUGGUGGUUCCAAAGAUGAAGAUGAUGAUGAAUGGUGUCCUAAAAAGAGAAGAAAAGUAACCCGUAAAGAGCCUCCGGUUAUUAUCAAAUAUAUCAUCAUCAAUCGCUUUAAAGGUGAGAAAAACAUGCUUGUGAAACUGAGUAAGGUGGAUGCCACUGAGACCACAGUAAAACUGAAUGAAGCUCGGAUCAACAAAUAUGCCAAGCUUGCCCCUUUGAAGGGUUUUUGGCAAAAGAAGAAGAGGCAGAGAAACAGCAACACAAAUUCCAACAAGACACCCUUAUGCCAAAAGCAAAGCUUUGAAUCAGGUAGCUUUGAGGUGCCACCAGCUCGCAAGAGAAAAUCUAAACUUGGUAGCAGGCACAGGGUUCAAAGAAUCCCAUCCAUGGAAACUUCAGCAAGUAGUAAGCAUGUUUCAUUCUGUACUGAUCAGAGACAAACUAGUAAUUGUAAAGAAGAUGUAGGUCUGGGAGGUGCAUUGAAACCAGCAACUCUGGCUUCCUCCAGCCAUGCAAAUGGACCACAUUUAAAUGAUAUCACAGGCCCUGAUUCAGCGCAAGGCAAAGCAGAAUUUAAGGGUCCAGAGCGUAAAGUGCUGAACAAAAUCAAAUUUAGAAGUGAAGCUAGGUUAAAAUCCAAGAAAAUCAAAGCUGGGCAAGAGAGCAAGGCAGUUGUUCAAAUGAACCCUCUUUCAGAAGACAAAUGCCCCAAGGACAAUUUGAAGGAUGAAACUGUUUCUGGAACCUCAAAUAUUUCCCAUCUACCUGAAUUUCAAGAGGUAAAAAUUUCAAAGAAUUCUACUUUCCUACCAACCACUUGCUCUUCUGAAUUAUCACCAUCCUCUGCUAAUGUUGCUACUAAUAUACCUGUUAUCCCUGGAGGGUAUCUUCAGACACUGUUAGAUGCUUCUGACUUGUCAAAUAAUACUGGUCUCUCAUACUUCACUCACCAUUCUCCAGAGGAAAAUGAAGAUAGACUCACUCAAACAGAAAAAUCAUUUGUCCCUCUCCAGCCUUCCCAAGACUGUAUGCUUUCCUUGCCUUCUGUGUCAGAACUGCAGCAGUCAACCCAUAAUUUUAAAAUGGAAUCAAGCAACUACGGAAAUGUGUGGCCCAACAAGCCUACUCCUGGUCCCCAGGAAUUCAUGACUGAAAUCUCAAGGGAGAUAGAUACAACUCAAUCUGUUGAAUUUGGAGUUUCACAAGUGGUUUCCAUGGAAAAUAAUCUCACAGCUACAACAUAUAAUCCAGUCUGCCUCAACAAUGGAGACAGUAAUGGCAACAGGGUCCUAUAUGCCUCUGUGCAAGACACCCAGCUCCAAACUGAUGAUUCUUACCAAUUAUGCCACUAUAAUAAUGGAGAAAUCUGCUUUCCUUUCCAGCAGGGCCCAGUCAAUAUGGAUGAUGGCCGGCUCUUUAACUUUGAUUCAGUGGCCCCACUGGCAGUCAACUCAAGCAAUUAUUGUUACUUAAACUUGAAAUCCUGUGAAAAGGAUGGUGAUGAUGAUAUCGUUGAUGACUUUCUGGCCCAUUGCAGUCCUAAGCUGGUGAUCCAGCAGAGUAUUGAUGAAGUAGCACCACUGAAAGAAUCCACUGACCUCCUAGAUAUCUCAAAUUUUACUCCUGACAAAUUCCGCCAUUCUUCUCUCUCAGAAAUGUCCCCACCUGACACCCCCAGCCUCUCUCCUCAAAUUGCUAGAUGUGAGAAUAUCAAGACACUAGGAACACUGAAGUGUUUCCAAGAAGGUAUCCCAGAACCACUGAACAAUAUGGACAAAAUCAAGUGGGAUGAUGGUAAUUUACAGCACAUCCACGUGGAUGAUGGAUUUACUUUAAAUAACCAUCAGUUUCAGUUCCAUAUGUUCAACGAUGAGGAUUCUGUAAGUCUGCUUCCCCAAAACCUUUGCCUAUCAGCAUAUAAUAAUCCAUCUUGUCAACUGAGUUCCAAUAACAAGGUGUCAAAAUCAAGAAAGAAAACUUCACCAAGCAAGAAUGGGACUAUAAACCAAAGCUCUUCUCAGAAAAAUCCCAGGAAACGAUCCCCCAAAGCCAAUAACAAAGGAAUUGAAAAACCGCCUGGAAAAGCCUCCCGCCAGACUACUAAGUCAACAAAGAAAGGAAAAUACAUUACUACAAUCAAUGGAGAGAAAAUGCAAGUUGGCAACGGCCGUGGGGUAGGUCAAAUAAAUAAUAUAACCUCAGGUGGCAAGACAUUGACCGAAUGUAUCCAAGAUGGUAGCCCUGUGUCUUCUGCAAAAACGACAAGUCAGAAAAGACUUUCUGGAGAUUGGGCUUUGGGAAAGGAAAGCAGCCCAGGCUGUUGCAACAUGAACUUGGGUACCAACACCAAUAGCCUGCUGGAUGAUGACCAACGGGAAUUUCAAGAGCCCUCCUAUAUCUUAUCCAACAUUGCUUCUGGUAUGGCAGAUGUGCAGAGAUUUAUGAUGGCCUCUAUAGAGCCCCUUUGGGAACCCAUGGAACACUCUGGAGACCCCAACGUAUUCUACUCUCCUGAGUCUAAUAGCCUAAAAUUAAAAACCCUCAAAAUAUUGGCUGGGACACCACUAGAGUCUAAGAAAAAAGUCAACAGUGUGUCCCCAGGAGCCACUAAGAAUCACAGAUCCAUCAAGGGUGUGAGUAAAAGCAAUGGGAAAGCACCAAUAGGUGAACCUGGUCGUGCAAACAUACCAUAUAAUGAGGACUCUCACUCUGCCUUCUUUGAUAAAAAGUAUAGCAACCUGAGCACUUUAGGUAAUAAUGGACCAACACACAAAAAGUUAUAUCGUCACAAAUCAAGUACCAAGUCCCUGAGAGAUGAUAAGUGUAAGGGAAAGUGUAUGCAACGUGAACAGGUCCACAAGGAUGAGGCUGGGACAGCUUCUUAUGAAAGACUGAGGGAUUUUGACUACAAUCUCCUAAAAGCAGAUAUGGCAUUUUGGGUUUUACCUGUGUUUGAAGAAGAGACUCGCAUGUUCCAGAAAGACAUUUGAUUUUUCUGUUUUUAUUUCUUUCAAAAUAUGCCUUGUGAUAUGUAUGUUGACAUGUAAGUGCUUAAAGAAAAAAAUUAAUUGUGGGAAUAAGUCUCACAAGGCAAACUUUAAUUUGACAUUCUAUGUAAAAGACUUAAAAAAGUCAUACAGUUGCACAAGUAGUUUACACACUAUUUACCCACAAGGAAAAAAGUAAAACAUUGUACCAAACUACAAACAAGUGGCUGUAUUGUAUAUAUUUUUACUUCUAUAUCAACAUUUGGUUGUGAGUAUUUGGGGAGCUUGUCCCUAUUGAUUUACUAGAAAUAUUCCAGUGAUUCUUGCUAUCAACCACCCCCACUUAUGUGGAUAGCACCUAUAGAUCACAGUGGAAAAAAUAUGUUGUGUUACACAAUUUACCAAAACUUAAAGGAUACUGUUUGAAGUGUGCCAAAUUUCCUUACCUCAUCUUACAGAUUCACCCCACAAUUUAAAGCUUAUUAAUGAAUUGAAAUAUAUAUAUAUACAUAAUUACAUUAUUUAAAAUAUUUAACUUUACUGUCCUUUAUGGAUAUAUGAACAGUUAAACAAGGCACAAUAAAGGUUUGUUUGUUCCAUUGUCUAAUGGUUAAAAUGUUGGAAAAGUCUGGAAGUCGCAACAGCUAAGUCCAUCAGGGACCCAGGUAUAUGCAUUUAUAGUACCUUUCGAAAGGAAACAAACAGCUUCUUGAAGGUUUGUUUUUAAAAGUGAAAUCUGUAGCUGAAAAUUAUUUAAAGGGCAAAGUUAUAUUGCUGAUACUUUAUAUCUCAGUUUUAUAUUUUAUAAUAGUCUGGGAUAAAUUAUAAAAUAGUUAUAAAAUCAACACUUAAGAGAAAUAAAAUACAUAUAUGGCUUUUAUUUAAGUAGUUUCCUAAAUGUUUUAUUCCAGUUCUGUCAAGUGCAUUCAUAUCAUGGCUUUAGUGUUUUUUAAGUGUUUAAUCUUGCAAUGCCAAUGUCAUUUAAAGAAAAUGUUAAGGCAUAUUGGUCCAAUUCUUAUCAGUUACAUAUAUAUGUAUAUCAAAUAAAUUGAACAAGUUGUGAUAAUAAAUAAUUGGGGUUAUAUAGUAGAUGACUAGUAUUUGAUGCCAAAUGCAAAACUCAAAUCUCAAUUUCUAUAUAAAUUUUUAA